GGCCGUCUUCAGAAAAGCGUAUCGUGGGUUCCUGAUUCCUCCUUCCUCCACCUUUCCCAACUUUUGUCCGCAGCCUCCCAGUCUUCCACUUCAUAUAUGUGCUUAAUUUAACUUAUUCAAUUAUAUUUUGCUGGAAUCUACCAUGUCUCUCCACAUCUACAACUCUCUGCCUUUUCGCACCAAACCCUCUGUUUCAGCUUCGUUGGACUCGGGAGUCGAAGUUGUGGCAUCAGCUAAACCUACCUCAUUGUGCUUUGAUGAGGCUAAGGAAAGAAUAACAAAGCUGUUUCAUGAGGCUGAACUCAGCAUUUCGUCGUAUGACACAGCAUGGGUCGCUAUGGUUCCUUCUCCGCAUUCCUCACAAGAACCUUGUUUCCCAGGAUGUGUAAAUUGGUUGCUAGAAAACCAGCUCCAUGAUGGUUCAUGGGCUCUUCCCCACCAUCAAUCCUUACUGCUAAAAGAUAUCAUCUCUUCUACAUUGGCGUGUGUUCUUGCGCUUAAAAGAUGGGGCAUUGGCGACGAACAAAUUAGCAGGGGUGUACACUUUAUUGAGUUGCAUUUUGCUUCAGCUACUGAUGAUCACCAGCUCUCUCCUGUUGGAUAUGAUAUCAUAUUUCCUGGCAUGCUUGAAUAUGCCAAAGACUUGUCUUUGAACCUUUGUCUUGACACAACAAUUCUAAAUGAUUUGAUUCAUAAGAGAGAUUUGGAACUUAAGAGAUCUUACCAAAGCCACUCAGCAGAGAGGGAAGCGUACUUAGCAUAUGUUGCAGAAGGGAUGGGGAAGUUACAGAACUGGGAAUCAGUUAUGAAAUAUCAAAGGACAAAUGGAUCACUUUUCAAUUGCCCAUCCACGACGGCUUCAGCUUUUAUUCACCUCCAUAAUCCUAGCUCCCUCAAUUACCUUAAAUCAGCCUUGAAGAAGUUUGGCAAUGCAGUCCCAGCAGUUUACCCUCUUAACAUAUAUGAGCAACUAUGCCUGGUUGAUAAUCUUGAAAGAUUAGGGAUUAGCCGGCAUUUUAGGAAGGAAAUACAGACUGUAUUGGAUGAAACAUACAGAUGCUGGCUGCAGGGUGAAGAAGAGAUAUUCAUGGAGGCUUCUACUUCUGCUUUGGCAUUUAGACUAUUGAGAAUGAAUGGAUAUGAUGUAUCUUCAGAUCUGUUAACAGAAAUUCUAGAAGCAGAAUGCUUUUCCAGUUCUUUUGGGGGACAUACAAAAGACAUAUAUAUGAUCCUUGAAUCAUAUGGGGCAUCCGAAAUGAUUUUACAUCCAAAUGAAUUUGCACUGGAGAAACAAAAUUUGAGGUUUAAACAUCUACUUGAACAGAAAAUAAGCAGUGGUACAACAUAUUCGAGUAUCCUUGGCAGACACAUUGACCAAGAGGUUAAAACUAUUCUCCAAUAUCCCUUUUAUGCAACUUUAGAACGGAUUGCAAACAGGAGAAAUAUAGAGAAUUACAAAUUAGACAAUACAAGAAUUCUGAAAACUGCAUAUUGGUAAAUGUCUCAUUUAUAUUUCCUUCAGUUGAAAAUGUACUGUUUCUAUUUCU